UCUCGGCGAAUAUACUUAUCUGCUCUGGUCCAGUACAAAUCUAGACCUGGGCUCACUAUCAUUGACUGUUCGCUCUUUCCUGAUGGCAUGUCAUCAUUAUAGGUUUGAGUCACCUCAUCGCUCAGGUUGUACGGUGCGGAUAUCGGCUUCAGCACACGGCCGGUGAUGGUCGCACACGAAGCUGGAGAGAGAGACCGAGGAGCGGCUGUGAUUUCUGCGCUCCCUCGCUUAAACUCUGCGUGCCAACUCAUCACAGCGCGCGCCACACGCCCGUGACAUACAGUAACCAGCUUCAGUGUGUAUGGAUGUAAACCUCCUCCAGAUGAGCAGCAGAUGGCAUCAGCAGAACAACUAGAUAUGGAGGUGAUGACUCCUCUAAUGGAGGAGGAAGGAGAUGAUAAGGAGGAGGAUGUGGAUGAAGAUUCGGAGCAACUACCGCAAGGCAUCACGUUUACUCAGACUCUUCUGCAUCUCUUAAAGGGGAAUAUCGGCACCGGGUUGCUCGGGCUUCCUCUAGCAGUGAAGAAUGCUGGGAUAGUGCUUGGUCCGGUUAGUUUGGUACUGAUGGGUUUGGUGUGUGUUCAUUGCAUGCACAUCCUGGUCAACUGCAGCCAUCAGCUCAGUGAGAGGUUGAAACGCCCCCCCCUCGGUUAUAGUGACACAGUGGCUGUUGCCAUGGAGAUGAGUUCCUCCCAGUGCCUGAGGAGAGGUGCUCAAUUUGGGAGGCACUUGGUGAAUUUCUUCCUGGUUUUGACCCAGCUGGGCUUCUGUAGUGUGUACUUUGUAUUCUUGGCAGAGAAUAUUAAGCAGGUGAUAGAAGGUACUCAUUCGAACACUUCUGCGGAGACUGUGCUGUUAUACUCCAAUAGCUCAAAUCAGGGCACUGUCUCCCCAGACUCGCCCUCUUUCGCCGUGGCUGCGGGGCUGGACCUGCGGCUCUACAUGGUCUUCCUCCUUCCCUUCAUCAUCGUCCUGACCUUCAUCAGAGAUCUGCGGAACAUGGCCGCUCUCUCCGCCAUAGCCAACCUCUGCAUGGCCGUCAGCCUUGUACUGAUCUUUACAUACAUACUCAGCGAUAUCAGUGAUCCCAGAAACCUGCCGUAUGCCUCCACAUGGCGGAAGUUUCCGUUCUUCUUUGGAACUGCCAUCUUUGCCUUUGAGGGGAUUGGAGUGGUUCUUCCUUUAGAGAAUCAAAUGAAAGAGCCAAAACGGUUCCCUCAAGCUCUCAAUAUUGGCAUGGGCUUCAUCAUCGUUCUGUACGUGACCCUGGCGACCCUGGGCUACCUCCGUUUCAGUAAUGACAUCAAGGGAAGCAUCACACUUAACCUUCCACAUAACUCCUGGUCUAAUCAGCUGGUGAAGGUCUUGUACUCCUUCGGUGUUUUUGUGAGUUUUGCAGUGCAGUUCUUCGUGCCGGCAGAGAUUCUGGUUCCGCCUGUGUGCGAGCGUGUGAGAAAGAACUGGAGACGAGUGACUGAUCUCAGCCUUCGAGCACUGCUCGUCUGCCUCACCUGUGUAACGGCUGUCUUGAUACCACGCUUAGACCUGGUGAUCUCAUUGGUCGGUGCAGUAAGCAGUUCGGCACUAGCGCUCAUCUUCCCGCCUCUGGUGGAGCUCAUCAUGCUCCCCAGCCUGCCCCCUCCACUGCUCUUCAAAGAUCUCUCCAUCGCAAUCCUGGGCUUUAUCGGCUUCCUUACAGGAACCUACGUGACGGUGGUGGACAUUAUUUAUCCAGAUGACCAAGGACAGACCCGUCUCCGUGACGACGGGAACUGGACCACACCCACUACCUCGCCACCCUAAAGACCAAGUGCAUACCCUAAGGAUCAAUCAAACGUGAGGCACAGUUGCAUAGUAAAGCCAGGCGUACUUUCAUUUGUUACUUUUUCAGAUAUAUUUACCCCAGAUUAAAGGAAUAGUUCACCCAAAAAAUCGAAUUCUUGUCGCCCUCGUAGCUUUUCAAACCCUUUUACUGUUUUCUUUUUCUGUGGAGCACAAGUAAAUGUAAGAAUUUUCAAGCAGCUCUUUUCCAUACAAUGAACAUAGCUCAAAACAUGACCAAAAAAAGCACCAUGAAAGUAGUUAACAGGGUCAGAAAUGUGGGGGCAAAAAAUGCCUUAAUGAAUUCUUCUCUUUUAAUGUUUUUUAUGUAUUUGUAACAUCUGCUAUAGUUCUUAAUCUAUUACGGUCCUAGUUAUGUUGAUUUUAAUUCUUGGUGUAAGAGGUAAUGAAAAUUUGUAUUAAUGAAUUGAGUAAAUUGAUGUAUUUUAGAAAAACACAUGAGACACAGUUUAUGAUUUAUAUCCUCAUGAAAGUAAAAAAUGGCCCUAAAAAUCAAAUCCAGAGGCAGAUUUUGCCCCUUUGCACAUUUUUGACAGUGGUAUUCCAUACAACUUGUGUUUUCAAAGUUCUUAGAAGACAUAGAACGGACCAAAAUUUAAGUCAUUAUUCACUGAUAAUCUAGGGGUUAAAACGAGAAGAUUUUUUAAAAUAUCCAAUUUUUGGUUCCUCGUAAAAAAUGGUCAUAUAUGUUUGGAAUGCACAUAAAAUGUCCGACCGAUGGGGCAGACGGGGGGAAAUGUUCUCAAAACCUAUUUGAAAAUUUUAUUUUUGCAAUUCAAUUUGGUGACAAUAUUGGCACAGACAUUACACACUUCACCUUUAAUACUAUAACAGCACAGGUUCGAUACAUACUCUGACACUGUCAAUUCUUCCUAUAGGAAGUGAGUGACGACAGCUCGGACUGACAGGGGCUGAGAGUUUUAUAUAGAUCGGUUUUUAUUUCAUUCCACAGGCACGCACUGCUGUGCCACAAGGUGAAUUGUUGUGCGAACAUGUGUACGCAUUGUUCGCUGAGUGAUGGCAUGCGUGGGAAAUAUUUCCUUCACGCAGGCUUAUGGACUUUCCAUGACUCCAGAUGGAAUGACUUUCAUUCAAUCAGGUCUCUGGGAAGGGACCAUAUAGCAUGACAAGCUGUCAGCUUUUAACACUGAACAGUAGAAUAUAUCACACACUGUAAUAUGGACCCUCGAGAAUGUACAGACAUACUUGCUGACUUCAGAAUUUUUAUUAAUAAACUAAUCUUUAC